UCACACGUCUACCCCCUAGAUUCAAAGAGACGAUGGAAAGUUCGGAGAGCUGCGUGGCGAUCCUUCCAACAGAGCAGUCGUCCUUCGACGUACCUUCGCUACGGCUUUCUUCACGUCGUUCACACCGUCCCCCGUUCGGCCAAUCCCCAACGUUGAAGUCGACCUCUCUAUUGGAUGAAGAUGGGUGGAUCUUCUUUCGUCGUCGUCGUCGUCGUCGUCGUCGCCCUCCUCCUCCAACGCAGCCCCCAGAAACGCCGCCGUCUUCCACUGCUCUCGUAACACGCUUUCGUGCCCGAGAAAAGUCAGACGAAACUCUCCCCCACGGAACAAGUCAAAGUCCAGCCCCCUUCCCUGUCAAACGCGACAGCAAUCCCUUUGAGCACAAACCCCCCUCCAUUCCUUAGCCUGCCUUUUGCUCGCCGGCUUCGACCCCAUCUCUUCUCAAUUCCCCUCCUCUUUACCAUUUCCCAUAAGAAGACGCCCCAAACUCUCCUCCUAUCUCAAGUUUUCAACCGCUCCCCCCCAUUUCCUUCCUCACAUCCACCUCUCUUUCUCUUUAGCAAUUACAAUCAAUUGACCAUGAGGUUUCUUCACCUUUUGGCGACGGUGGUGGCUUGCUUGGCCCUCGCGCCGCCGCCGCCGGGUUUGGUCUUGGCCACUUUCCUCCCCAACAUAUCCUCCAUCCCGCCCUCGCUGCUCCCCAACAUCCCCUCUGCCGCCUGGAACGCCUUCCAGAACUUCUCCGGCUGCCACGCCGGCGAGAGGCGCGACGGCCUUGCCAAGCUCAAGAAGUACUUCCGCUACUUCGGCUACAUCCCGGACUCCCCCUCCAACUUCACCGACGACUUCGACGACGCCCUCGAGUCCGCCAUCAAGACCUACCAGCGCAACUUCAACCUCGAACCCACUGGCCAGCUCGACGCCGCCACGCUCAAUCAGAUCGUGCGGCCGCGCUGCGGCAACCCCGACAUCGUCAACGGGUCGACGGCCAUGAACUCCGGCAAGGCGGAGUCGCUCAACGCGUCGCACUUCCACGCCGUCGGCCACUACUCCUUCUUCCCGGGGACUCCGCGCUGGCCGGACGGCAAGAUCGACCUGACCUACGCGUUCCUGCCGCAGAACCAGCUAACCGACGAGGCGAAGGCCGUGUUCUCGCGCGCCUUCGAACGGUGGUCGACGGUGACGCCCCUGACGUUCACGGAGACGGACUCGUUCGCCGCCGCCGACAUCAAGAUCGGGUUCUUCAGCGGGGACCACGGCGACGGGGAGCCCUUCGACGGGUUACUGGGGACGCUGGCGCACGCGUUCUCGCCGCCGAACGGGAGGUUCCACCUGGACGGGGAGGAGGACUGGGUGGUCACCGGGGACGUGACGAAGUCGUCGGUGUCGACGGCGGUCGACCUGGAGUCGGUGGCGGUGCACGAGAUCGGCCACCUCCUCGGGCUCGGGCACUCGUCGGUGGAGGAGUCGAUCAUGUUCCCGACCAUCACGUCCGGGACGAGGAAGGUGGAGCUCGCGACGGACGACAUUCAGGGGAUUCAGGUGCUCUACGGCAGCAACCCCAACUACAACGGCUCGUCGUCCACGCCGUCCACUUCGCAGGAGCGAGAAUCCAGCGACGGCGGCGAGUCCCGCGCUUCCGGGUCGCGAUGGGCGGGAAGGGCGAUCGUGGCCGUUGGAUUGGGAAUGUUGCUCUUAUGACCGUAGGAUGCAGUUCCACGAGAUUGUUAUCGUCGUUGAUUUCUUUUCUUUUAUUUUUUUGGUAGGUAGGAUUGGUGGAUGUCACUAUCCAAAUUUUUUUUUAUUAUUUAACGCUUCUGCCGAUCAUUGGAUCUGCGCCGCAGAUGCAGAAUCGAUGAACGGCUGCGAUGUGUUUAGGAGCAACCCCGUCUUGGCCGACGGGGAUGCUGGGCCCAUGUGUUGAUUGAUUUCGUAUAUAUACAAGCACAUAUUUACCCCAAA